AUGAUGGUAGAAGAUGUUAAAAUUCAAAGGGUCCAACUACCUGUCGAAACAUCAAAAUCCUCUGAAUCUCAUAAAGCCGAGUCCAUUUUGUCUAAAUGCUCAUGUCCCGAAUGCGAUUCCCUCAAAUGUUUCAUUCUUAGACGAAGCCCAGCUAGCAAUUUGUGUAACUGUCCUAAAAAAUUAAAGUCCUGUUGCAACAAUAGCAAGAAUGCUUUACACGAAACUAAACCUACAUUGGACACAAGCCGCGUGAUAAGCCAAGUAAAUAGAAGCGUGGAUAUUAGUACUAAAAUCAGCUACAACAAAAAAAAAACGUCCGAAAAUGGUUCAUGUACAGUUAACACAAUUAUUAAGUCCAGCAUCAGUAGUAAGUCAAUAACUCAAGAUAGUUAUAAAUCUCAGGACAGUUUUAGUGAUGUAAAGUUAGAGAUGACACCAUUAAGAAAUUGUAACGAGAAUACGGCGCAUUUAAGCGCUCAAAUAAUAAAAGCAGGCUGCAUUCAAGAUUUUAACGAUUGCAUAUCAAAUAACGAACCUUACAAGAGUUCGGUACCAGAAAUAAAAGACGUGAAAGAAUAUAUUUAUACAAAACUAAAGGAAAUAUAUAAUGCAUGCAGCUGCAAAGUCUGCGAAUGUAUUCCAACAACUCCACUCUCCGCUCGAAAAAACACAUGUUCGUGCAAACCUUGUCAAUGUGAUGACUGUAAGAAACUAUAUAAUUACGUUGGGUGUCAUCUAAAGGAAAAACCACAUGUUGGGUGUCCAUGCAUAAGUUGUGAUAGAAAAGACUGUCAAGGAGUAGUAAAAAAAUUUCAACAAAUCUGCAGCUGUAAGCCGUGUGACUGUCUUAUGUGUGCAGAAUCAUUGUCGAAAAAUUGCAACUGCGCACCGUGUUCAUGUUUCGAAUGUAAGUAUAAGCCUUCCUAUUUGAGACGAAGCUACAUAGUGGCCGCUGUAGGUCAAAGUAAUCGAAGUACUACUUGUAAUUGUGACUCUCCAUGUGAAUGCUCCAAUUGUAUUCCUACAUAUGGCACAACAGCUUUAUCACAGGAACGCUCGACCGGAACAGUUGCACGUGCUAUUUGCCCAUGUUAUUCGUGCACAAAUCAAUCAUGUCAGUCUGAUGGCGAAAAUUGUAGAUGUGCAAUGCAAAAGCACGUUAUGUCGAAACCUAUUGAAAGAGCUCAUCAUGAUUAUGAUAUACGUAACGUUUUACUAGAAGAUACAGACAGAAUAAAAAGGAAUUAUAAUAGAGAUGUUAUUUCGAUGUGUGCUAAUGUCCAACAACAAUUUUGUAUGGGGGAUGAUCCAUCACAAUGUAUACAAAGAGGAAAUAGGUUUGCAGCUGAAUAUAUUAAAUUAUCAUUACCGAACAAAAUUUGUCGAUAUAGUUACAAUCUUAUUCCGUGUGAAAAUAAAUCUAGUGAUAAUGCUUAUAAUACGGGUGAUUGUUUGGACGACAAAGAACUUAAGUUAUUAGGUAAAAUAGAAGAUGUUUCACAACUACAAAAUGUAAAAUGUAGUUACUGCAAUUGCGAGUUUUGUAAACGCCAACAAUCCAACUAUGUAAAUAAUGAUAUCGGGAACAUUAUUAAAAAUAAUUCCUUACCAAAUGAAACAGCGUCUACUUUUAAUGGAAUGACCUUUAAAGAGCGACCAGAAUUGGUGCUAAUUGAAUCAAUCACCCACUUAGCUGGACAAAGUAGCCAAAAUGUGAGAGCGUGUCAAGUUGCAACUUCUAAGGAGAUAAUCAAUAAUAGGAUAGUAGAAGUAAAUCAUUUUGCUACCGAUCCAAACUCGAAAAAUAGCAUUAACAUAAACAGUAAACUUAAGAGAAAUAACACUGAAUUGUUACUAUCCCAACGUAAGAAAUUAUAUUGUGUAGCUUCAAUUAUCAAGGACUUCGCUCUAUUUAGCGAAGGCUCAAGUUCUCUUUCUAAUGAUGGCAACAGUGAACAUUCACCAUCCUUAAAUACGCAACUUCCAGCGACACUGGAUCCCGUGUCAUCUACAUUACUUGUAGUUCCUGAGAAUCUCAAUAGCUUAGAUGCUGAAAAAUUGAGUAUAAAUAACAAUUAUUUUAAAAAAUCUGCAACUUUACCGUUUUUUAAUGCACUCUACGACGAAAACCAAAGAACACGUGGAAUAGAAGACCCGAAGUUCUCAAUUAAAAUGUUUGAUUAUGCUAACAUUCAGACAACAUUACUCCAAGCGCAAGAAUUUUCAAUAAAACUAAGAGGGUUAUUAGAAAGCUAUGAAGCAGCAAAUAACGAUUUUAGAAGUGUUUCGCAAAGAUUAAGAAAACUUUAUGAUGAAAUUGUUAACAGUACUACGAGUGAGGAUAAAAUACAUAAAGUUCAUUUCAAACAUGAUAAAGAAUCAAAUAAAUUGUACUACGUCGGUGAUAGAAUUUCAUUGUCCAAUGAGACAGAUUUAUUUGAUAAUAGUUACAACGCGUCCCUUAUUACCUGUCUACCAUCGAAUACCAACAAAACAAUAUUAAAGCCUAUCCUGGGUAGUCAUAAUUUAUUAGAAAACGUCAGAUCGACUUAUGUGUUAAGUGACGAAGAUAUUUUUGGAGAUGCAAUCUCCAACUGUUGUACUAUAACAGAGGUCAAUAAUGAUACUAUUAUUGCUUUUAAAAGACAAAGAAGUCCCAGUAAUAUAUGUAAAAAAAUAACAUCGGUUUCUAUAAAGAGUAAUAAAUAUGCAGAAACAGAUUUUCUGUAUUUUCAUCAAGCAAUAAUGUUUAGUAAAAGUACAUGGACCCAAAGUGAUAAAAGACAGCAAAAUGAAAAUAUAAAUACAGAAAUUACAUUUAGAGAUGCUGAUUUUUACAAGGAUGAAAUCACGGAAACAAAUGUUACAGGGAGUUUGUACACCACUUUCGAAUCGUCGAAAAAUAUCGUUCUUCCAUCAUCUCCAGAAGUAAAGAAUAACGAAAACCAUCUACAUUGGAACGUUUUGCGAAAAAAUCUUUUCUUAAAAUCACAUCAAAACCCAAGUCAUAAUAGUGAUGCACCAUCUCUGGAAGUAAAUAUAAAGGAAAUUAUUAGGAUCAUCUCGCAAGAAAUCCGGAAGGAAUUUACUCAACAAGACAUUAAUAUGACUUCCCAAAGACUUCAUAAGUCAAUAAGCUUCAAACAUGAAGGCAACAAAGCUAGUUUUUCCGAUAUAAGAAGAAUUUCUAAUCAUACAGUACUAGUGAAAUGGAACAUACCAAACAAUAUAUCCAAUAUUAAAGGAUAUGAAUUACAGAUUGAUGGUCGCGUCGUUAAAAAGAUUUUAAACCCACAUUGCGCAAUGGCAGCCAUCUCUAGUCUUCCACAAAGCGAGAGGGUUUUACUCACGAUACUCACAAUAACGGACUCCCAAGGGCCAUACAGUUCUAAUACUGUUGUGUAUAAUCCCCGUAACAUAAAACGGUAG